ACUCCACCCGGAAGUCCAAGCCAGAAGUUUAACAACACAAGACAAGUGCUCGCGUUCUAGUCAGUAAUUCUGCUUCCACUUGACAUUUGUGCUUUUUACCAGAAAACUAUCCGCAUUUGGCCAAGUUUUGUAUUUAAUCGUAAUGGUAUUCCGAACUCGGUUUUGGCUGUGCAAGCGUGUUUAAAGCUCGUUGCGAUACAACGUACAUUGCUAGGUUAGCUAGCGGAUGCUUCACGUUAGCGCGGACACAAUCCAAUUAAAGUACAAAAUUCCGAACAAUAUCUUACAAUAUUAAGCAAUGGUUUUGCAUAUAAAAUACAAUCACAUUUCCUGGUAGCUCAGCGACACUGCCAGCGACCUCCAAUCAAGCUGGAAACGCCAUAAAGUCAUCUGUCUCAAGUUUCCUUGAUCAUCAUCGUGCAUUCAGAAGAAUCAUAAUGGGACGUUAGAGCGAGAAAAGGGCAGCACAAAGAUGGACGCCCAGCCAAAGUCUGUCACUGAUGGUUUGCGAGGCGUCAGGCGCAGAAUUGGCCCCAGGCAGCAACCCAAGUCCAAAAACACCCUCGAAAGGUGGCUGCUGAAGCCCACCCCAAAUACAAGCACUUCUGAGUUGUGCCAGGCUGAAAAGAAUGCAGAAAUGAUGGAGGAAGAUGGCUCUCCUCGCUCUCACGGUGUUCGGAAUGCUACACUACAUGUUGUCUCAGACUCAGAUGAAGACACGCAACCUUUAACGCCACAAGACCUGGACUGCGAUGACCUCGUCCCUAUAGUGUUAACGGAUUCGGAUGGGGAAUGCAUGCUCCAAGAUCCGGGAACGCCAGAAGUGGGCGCCACAAGCCCGGGAGGCUUUGUCAAAACCUGUGCCAAAAUCACAGACUUCUUCUCGGGGGCCCUGUCUGCGGGCUCCACUUUCAGGCGAGGCAAGGCGGGGCCGCGUCGGGAAAAACGGGAUGCCGAUGAAGGAAAUGCAUCGGGCAACCACGCCACCUGGCUGGGGACGCCGGCGGGCGAGUUGAGGAGGAUGCCCGACUGCGGCAGGCCGCUCCCUCCGCUGAAGAAUGCUGGUGGCGUGCACACUGUGAUGAUCCGGACAGACAUCGUUGGUCAAGCAACUGUUCCAUUUCCUGCCACAUUUGACGAUACCUGGGAUGAUGUCCAUGUCAAAAUGCCCUGUUCUUGCAGGAAUCUAUUUCCUGUUCAAGAUGAGGAAACAAGACAACUUCAGAAUCAAAGUCGGUGGGAUCUGAUAAAGCAAACUUUAACCAAAAGAAUAUCCAACAUUUCAGAGUUGAAGAGUGCAAUAUUGAAAUACUGUUCUUCUACUGCCAAAAAGUGGGACUUCACUGCGUUGCAUUUGUACUGCACUAAGAUCCUGGAACCUGACGCGGCGGAACAUCUGUUUACCUCCCUGCUGCCAGACAUGGUGCAAUUAGCGCUGAGGGCGUCGGAGCUGUGCACCAAGCCGAUACCACUUCUAAAAAGAGGGGCGAGCCACUCCAUCACCAUGUCUCAGGAGCAGGCGGCCUGCUUGCUCGCCAACGCCUUCUUCUGCACCUUCCCGCGGCGCAACUCCAGACGCAGCGAGUACAGCAACUACCCAGACAUCCACUUCUUUAGGCUGUUCGAGGGGUCCUCGUCGAGGAAGAUAGAGAAGUUGAAAACCCUGCUGUGUUACUUCAAGAACGUCACAGAGCAAAAGCCUACUGGUUUGUUAACGUUCACAAGAGAAACCUUGGACGAUCCUCCAGAUUGGGAAAGUUCGCAGACUCUGCUAACAAAGCUGCACAUUACAUGCGAAGGCACCAUUGAAGAUGACGGCUAUGGGAUGCUUCAGGUGGAUUUUGCCAACAAGUAUGUCGGAGGAGGAGUCACCAGCUCGGGUCUCGUUCAAGAGGAGAUCCGAUUCCUGAUCAACCCGGAGCUUAUCGUGUCUCGCCUGUUUACUGAAGCUCUGGAUCAUGACGAAUGUCUCAUCAUCACUGGUACACAACAGUACAGUAAAUACUCAGGCUACGCGCAGACCUUCAAAUUUGCCGGCAGCCAUCAGGACACAACUCCAAGGGACGACUGGCAGAGAAGAUGCACAGAGAUCGUGGCCAUCGAUGCACUGCCAUUCAGGACCUUUCUGGAACAGUUUCAUCCAGAGAGACUAGACCGGGAGCUCAAUAAGGCUUACUGUGGCUUUGCCCGCCCGGGCCAACCCAGCGACAACCUGGCAGCGGUGGCGACAGGAAACUGGGGCUGCGGGGUUUUUGGAGGCGACACGCGUCUUAAAGCUCUGCUCCAGAUGCUGGCAGCUGCCGAGGCGGGACGGGAUGUGGCUUAUUUCACCUUCGGAGACAGCCAGCUCAUGACAGAUGUCCACGACAUGCACUCCUUGCUCACUCUGAGGAACAUCAGUGUCGGCGAGGUGUAUGAGCUCCUGGUGGAGUACUACAGCGCCGUGUGCAAGCGCUGCAACGGUCGGCGUCCUGACGUCAGCCUUUACGCGUUCAUCUACCAGCAGGUCAGCUCCUCGCCCUCUUCGCCCGGCGACUCCAACGGAGGCCGCCGCCAGACAAACCGUCCCCACAGACAGCCUUUAAUGUCAGUUGACCCGUGAGUCACCGUACCUUUUGGAGGACUGAAACACACACCAAUUCUCCCUUUGCCUUUAGAACAUGUUCUGUUAACGAUGGUAGCAAAUGGAACCGCAGCAGGUGAUUAGUGUGACGGCGCGGUGUUUAUUCUGCUGCGGCUGCUAAUUUGCCAAGGGAUUGAGCUUCAAUACGACCAUUGUGAUUUUUAAUGGUGAAGCAAAGGUUGCCAUCCGUCUUGUCAUUUUGCUUCUUUUUUUUUUUUUUUUGCACCCACACAAAUCCAGCCUUAAUUGAAUUGGCUGUCAGAAAUCAAGUUAGAGGCUAACUAAGACCGCCAUUGGAAAGCUUCUCAGGAAAAAAAAAUCAGCUUUACAGAAAAAUGUUUAUGUAUUCUGUACAGUAGUUCUUGAUUGGAUAUUCAUUUGUAGCAACAAAGAAGCAUCAUUUUUGUAGCGUUUGUAUUUAAUUGUGACACAUUUCUUGCAGUUGGAAAUAAAUGACAGCUCUUCUUGU